GGGGCGGCGGGGUGGGCCGCAGGGGCCGCACAUCCCGGUGAUCUUCUUUUCGUUUCAGAGCCGGCCGCGGCGCGCUCACCAUGUCCCUGGCGGCCUCGGCUGGCCGGGGCCCGGGGGCCGUGUGGUCCCCAACGCACGUGCAGGUGACGGUGCUGCAGGCGCGGGGCCUGCGGGCCAAGGGCCCCGGGGGCACGAGCGAUGCGUACGCGGUGAUCCAGGUGGGCAAAGAGAAGUACGCCACCUCGGUGUCGGAGCGCAGCUUGGGCGCGCCGGUGUGGCGGGAGGAGGCCACCUUCGAGCUGCCGCCGCUGCUGUCCGCCGGGGCCGCGCCCGCGGCCGCCGCCACCCUGCAGCUCACCGUGCUGCACCGCUCGCUGCUCGGCCUCGACAAGUUCCUGGGCCGGGCCGAGGUGGACCUGCGGGAGCUGCACCGGGACCAGGGCCGCAGGAAGACCCAGUGGUAUACCUUGAAAUCGAAACCAGGAAAGAAGGAUAAAGAGCGAGGCGAAAUUGAGGUUGACAUCCAGUUUAUGAGAAACAACAUGACCGCCAGCAUGUUUGACCUUUCCAUGAAAGACAAGUCUCGGAAUCCAUUUGGGAAGCUGAAGGACAAGAUCAAGGGGAAGCAUAAGGAUAGCGCGUCCGAUACUGCUUCAGCCGUCAUUCCCAGCGUCACACCCUCUGCCGACAGCGAUGAUGAGUCCACUUCAAAAGACAAGAAAAAGAAGUCGAAGAUCAAGACCUUGUUUUCCAAGUCAAAUUUGCAGAAAACACCACUUUCCCAGUCCAUGUCUGUCCUGCCUACUUCAAAGUCAGACAAAGUGCUGCUUCGUCCUGGAGGCUUUCAGUCCCGGUGGGAGGAUGAUGAAAAUGAGGAUGAGUCCUCCUCUGCCUCGGAUGUCCUGUCUCCCAAGAGAACAGAGAGUGCACAUCCUAAGCAACUGAACCAGAUCAAUUUCAACCUUCCCAAGAAGGAAGGAGGACUCCCCUUUCUUGGUGGCCUUCGGUCUAAGAAUGACUUCCUUUCUCGCUCUAAUGUCUGUAUCAACGGGAACCAUGUUUAUGUGGAGCAGCCAGAAGCCAAGAGCGAGACCAAGGACAGCACCCCUUCUUCUUCCCCGUCCCCCCAGGGCUUCAGGAAGAAGCAUUUGUUCUCCUCCACCGAAAACCUGGCCACUCGGUCCUGGAAGGAGCCUGGGGACGUUGGGGCGGUGUCUUCCGACAGACAGUUCUCUGAGUCUUCCACAAAAGACUCUCUGAAAUCUAUGUCUCUGCCAUCCUACCGGCCACAGAUCAGUGGGGACAUUCAGGAGAACACGGCUCCAGUGAGCUUGGAGGCGGCAAAAGAAACCAAGGAGAGCAAGAAGCAGGAGAACAAGAAGUCCUCUUUGCUGUCUCUGGUGACAGGAAAGAAGGAUGCGGCUAAGGGCAGUGAAGGCGGAAGCCCCCCUACGGUCCCAGGAAAGGAGAAGGAAGGCACGCUUAUGGAAGUCACACCGAGGGGGGACCAGGCGGGGCCUGAUGGAAACCUAGUAGAAAGAUCCGAGAAGGAUACUACAGCUGUUGUCUCUGGACACGGUAAAUCCCUGAAUCCCUUUGAGGACGUGCAGAUCACAGAACCGGAAGCUGACCGAGAGCCCAAGUCUGAACCUACACCACCUGCUCCCUCUGUAAGGGCUCUGCAGACCAAAGCUGUCAAGCCUCGACUGGAAGUGUCUCCAGAGGCUCAACCCACAGCCAGGCUUCCUUCUUCCCCUGAGUCUCCUCUCUUUUUUUCCGCUCUUCUUUCCAGUUCUGGCCAGACACCUGUCCUUUCUAAACCGGGUCAUGGCUCAGAGACACUGUCCUCUGAAUCUCCUUCUGUCUUCUUCUCUUUCUCAUCUCCCAUAGCGGCCCCCAUUUCCACAUCCACGCCGGUUGAAAACUGGCCUUCCACAGACAAGGGCCAGGCCGGUCCUGAAGAACCAUCCUUACUCCUUAAAGCAGAAUUGCAAAAGGAGAGUUUAACACAAGUUCCAAAGACUGUUUCUUGUGCCUCGGGGUCACUUUCUAAACAGCUACCCACUCCAGUGAGGAAAGGGCCAGAAGAUUCUCCGAGGAAGACCAGUGAGGUAGGCCCGGAGAACACCGUCAGUAAUGACUCAGCAAAGUCUCUCCCGAAGCAGCCUGAGACCGAGCCACAAGAAGUUCUGAGGUUGCCCCCCUCAGAACAAACCUCUGUCCCUUCAUCUCAAGGGACCCAAGAAAUGACAUUCGCCCUUUCACCCCCAAGUGGCGAGAUUGAAAGCCCAGCUGGGAAGCCUCCGAUGGGGGAAGACACAGACGUCGCAAGUCCAUGUGGGUCUUGUGGGGAGAACAGAGUGAAGGACGGCAGAACGGCUUCUGCGGUUCCAGAAGCAGUGUCCCCUCUUCAGAUGGCAGAAUCAUCCCCCACUCUUGGCUGUGCGAUGCAGACGCACGAGGAGAAUGUCCAUGAGGGCCGAAAGAAAAUCAAGAAGCGGGUGUCAUUUUCUGAGCAGCUCUUUACGGAGGAGGAGUUAGAGAAGUUCCCCGGGUCGGUGGAGGAGGAUGAAGGGAACCCCCAGGAGCCGCCACGGGAAGGAGCCACGGCUGGAAAUGGGUCAGAUGGGGAGCCUGCCGGGUCUGUCCACACAGAGGACUCCAAGAGGGAAGCGGCCAGUCAGGGUGCGCUAGCUUCCACGGCUGAUCCCCUUGCCCUCCCCUGCGAGGAGAGUUUCUCAGAAGGCCCUGUGAGUGAAGCAAGCUCGGGGCAAGACCUUCCCCUCUGUGGGGUCGAGGGAGACCAUCUGCUCAUGGCCGAGAAUCAGAGCAAAGCCAGUGAUCACGAAGGCUUAUUGCCCGACUCCCUGGGCGGCCUUCCCUCUGCCCCAGGUGUUAGCUCUCCAGUCCUGGCUGACCUGGGCUUAACCCUUCCUUCCAUCCCCGAAGUGGCAUCGGAUGAUGAAAGAGUGGAUCAGGUUGAAGAUGACGGAGAUGGAGAGACGGCCCGGGUGGCAGCCCCGGAAGCCGGGCCUUCUUCCUUGAGCAUGUCACCUGCCUGUCCUGAGAUGGGAAAGGGGCCGAAAGGCCAGGCGGUUGGGUGGGUGGCGCCCACCGAGAGCCUGCACGACCCCCAGUCGAAGGCGCCCAAAGCACCCGUUACAGCUUCUUCUUCGGACCACAGCUUCCUGACCACAGCUUUGGGAAUUCAUAAACCAGAUCAUGGCAAGAGUUCACGCUCGGAUAAACAGCGGUCAGGUCCUGGUGGUGGCGAGAAGGAAGAGUUGCCGGGAAAUGGGGGGCCAAGCCAGUGUCCUGAAGCGGCCCUGGAUUCUCCUGUACCCAGCCCCUCCUUUUCUGAGACCUUUCCUGUUCCGCACUCUUUCCCUAGCUACCCACACGCUGACACGCACCACACCAGUACAGCAGAAUCUCAAAAAAAAGCAACAGCAGAGGGCCCUGCUGGUAAGGUGGACAAUUCUGGCAAGAGGAAGCCGCUUCUUCAGGCCUGGGUCUCACCCUCAGAGACACAUCCAGUCUCAGCUCAGCCGAGCAUGGGAACGGGGUCAGCCAAGCACAGACUUCAUCCCGUGAAGCCAAUGAACGCAGCAGCCCCCAAGAUUGUUAAUUCCAGCUUGGGCACUGCCACCAUCAUCAGUGAGAACAUGAUCAAUGAAGCCAUGAUGAAGAAAUACAACCCGUCGGACCCUGCCUUCGCUUAUGCACAGCUAACCCACGAUGAGCUGAUCCAGCUGGUCCUCAAACAGAAGGAGACGAUAAGCAAGAAGGAGUUUCAGGUCCGCGAGCUGGAAGACUACAUUGACAACCUGCUAGUCAGGGUCAUGGAGGAGACCCCCAACAUCCUCCGGAUUCCUGCUCAGGUCGGCAAAAAGGCAGGAAAGAUGUGAAUCGUCAGCCUGCGACACCGAGACUUCUUUGUGAGUUUGUUUCCACCUGCCCCGGAGGUCAAGGACUCAGCAUGCCUGAUAACCGGCACACAGGCUCGAAAUCAUCUAUCUCCCUUGUGUGUUAUCUGGCAAGAGUCCGUUCUACCAGUUGAGACCAGGUUAAUUAUUACAAUGAAUCUUUUACUGUACAGUCCCAGGGUUUUGUUUUUAAAUCCCACUGUGCCUUUGACUAUCCUGUAAAUAUUUUAUGCUCUGAUCGGAGACAUGGUCAUAAGAUCUGCUCCUGGCCCAGAGAUUCAGAUGGCGCAGGGGAUAUUCAUGUAUUUAACAUUGGGAUGAUUUUCUUUCUUUGAUAUUGAAAUUUAAAGAUACGUACCCCUUCCCCCCCCAGUCAGUAAAGCGUGGGGUGAAAUGAGAAGGACCGUGUGGUUGGUGUUGCGUUACACACACUUGCUUGGCUUUUGAGUAGCUCAGGGUGGCUUUUGGCUGCGGGUGCUAAAUUCUGAUACCGUGUGAACCUUCUGGGCUUCUUCGACUUGGUCUUGUUGAUUUGACUGGAGCAGGGGAGUUUAAAGAAAGCCCCUGAGUGUGCCUUGUAGAUUUUGAACAAGCUGCCUUUUCUAAACAUUAGCUACCACUACUCUCUAGCCUUAAAAUGUGCUCUUUAUCAAUCCUUAGGGCGUGUCUGUAGAGACACGAGAAGUAGAAUAGGGAAUUAGAGAAUCAUUUUGCACUCACUUAAUGGGGUUGGUCAAAGUCUCAUGAUAGCCAGGUUCCUAGCUGGCUAGAGUAGUCUAGUCGGUGCCUUGAUAAGGGAUUGGAUAACCCAUACACUCACUAAAAUGGUUCCGCCAGGUAUGGAAUGAUUUUAGUAGGAUUCCUUUGGCCUUGCUUGGCCCCCGGAUUUCCUCAGCAGCACUUCCCGGCGUUUCCCCCACCUUAUUAUAAAAUUAUGAAGAGCAAGAAGAUAACACUUAGUUUUGGUUUGCUGUAUUUUUAAAUCUAGGGGGACCCCCCCCCCCUUUUUUUUUUUUUCUUUUUUCUUUUUUUAAGCUAGGACACGUCUUCACUAAUAGCACCCAGUUCCGAUCCUUCAGGUAGUUUCAUUGUCCGGAACCUAAUACUGGAAUUAGAAUAUUUCUGCGUUGGUCAGUUUUUUCUCGUGGUUGUGACAGGAUCUGAUCAAAUCUUUACCACUCUCCCCGGGGGAAGAAUAUCUGAGGCUAGCGUGGUGGGCGGGGCUUGAGGAUUGGCUAGGGAUCGCUUCUCUGUCUGUCCUUGUUAUAUGGAGGUUAAGAGGCAAGAUGGUUGUCAGCAGAGGCCCUUUUCAGGAUCACGUUUGCUGCAAUGUUAGUUAUAUCGGAGCACUUUAAUCUGAAGGAUGAUACUGUAACUUGAUUUAUCGAAUUAGCUGUUAAUUAUCUUUAGCUAUUUUAUUUAAUACUGUCUUACAGUAGUGGGGACCACUGUAAGCCUCUCAGAUGCCUUGUAUUUUUGGAGUGCUAUGAAAGUUAUUUACAUACCUGCAAAAAGAACCUUAUAUUCCACUUGAACUCUGAAAAUGUGCGUGUAUAUAUUUAUUCUGCAAUAUAUUUUUUACUUAUAAGUGUAUUUUGACUGUGAUAACCCAAGUGUACUGGGGGCAGGUGUGGUCUGAAUGAUUUCUCCUUAGAAGGGCUGGUGUGGAGACCUGUUCACGAGAGGUGGUUGGUCUGGAGAUAAUCUGCUGGAGAUAAUGAGAGGGAAGUCUGGGUAGAGGAGUGAAUUCCUGUACUCUGAAAUGCCACUUGGGAACUCUGGAGAAUGAAGGACAAUUUACUUCAAGGGUGUCUGGCUUCUACCACUGCUGGAAAAAACCCGAAUUCAUAGCAUUCCUGCACCUCUCAGCAUAGAUCACCUGGAGGUCAUUAGUUAACGACUGUCCUCGAGGACUCUCGUCUCUGGGGGAGAAUUUAUCUAGGAAGAAUUUUAGUCUGCUCUGAGCCAUUAGCAAGGGUUGGAGCUCCUCUAACUGGCGGGGGUUGGGGGGGGGCACACACCCAAGUACACAAAGAGAGCUGGGACCCGCCUCUGGCUGCUGUAAAUGCUAACCCAGUUGAAGGACCCUGGGAGGCAGCUGUGUUCUGGAGAAGCUGGAGCAGCUCUCCUCUUCCUGGCCUUGCCCGGCUGCCUUCAGAAAGAGUAGUCAGGACUUUAGGGAAGCAUCCGAUUAAAUACCAAACACCUUGCAGUGAACUUCAGUUGGAGGUCAGACUCCUGAAAAAAUGUCAGUCCUUUGCCCGACUACUUGCUGUCCAUCUCAUUGGACUUUGACAGGUUUCUUGCCCUCCGUCUUAUUCCGGUGUGUUAGCCACAUCAGGGUGGCAGAACGCAGGAGCAAGAAAGUCUGCCCUUUGCCUCUGCUGAGUGGAGAGGUGUGUGCACGGAUGGGGUGUACGCAUGCCGUUUCCAGCUUUGCCCGCAGCGGGCGGCGCUCAGAAGGUCAGAGAGGAGGGAGGAUCCUCGCCCCUCAGCCACAUACUGUGUUGAAGUCCAGAGGCAACUUAAUGUUAAAUUAGGAUCUUCCUUCCCUGGGUCCUUUUUCCCAAUUGACCUUUCUGUUUUCUUUCUGAGAACUACUAAUGAAUUAUCCCUCAAGGCCGAAAGAGUCAUUGCCUUAGGUGGAGAACUUAACCUCCUACUAGUCACAUGAACGGCAACUCUGGUUUCUCAGUAUCUACUAUGGGAGCGACUGACUUGACCUCUUCCUCCCUCCGAUUGCAGGAUUGCCCAGCAUUUUUGGAUUGUAAAACUAUUCCCUGCCUUGUUACUUCGGGAAUUUUUAACUUCUUUGGUUUCGUUUUUAACAAGUAACCUAAAAUUUCUAUAACACUAAAUAAAAUGGUACUACCUUUCAAA